GAACACAGAGCUUUCAGAUAUUCACUGACUAUUGUUCGAGUAAAGUUAUUAUUGAAGUUGCUCUGAUCAAGAGAGAAAAAUGAAUAUGUUUCUGAAUGCACUUAAAGCUGGAGAGGAAACGACAACGGACCCCAAGGACACACCUGAAGUGUAUAUCUGGGCCACAGAACCGGCUCUGGUCCAACCCACAGAGGUUCCUCAGGAUGAGAGUUCCAUGGCAAAACUUGAGGAGAAACACCAGAAGGCUGAGGAUUCCAUUGCUCAGCUAGAGGUGGAGAAGGCGAACCUGACCAACCAGGUGGAGAAACUGCGAAGAACAGUGGUGAACAUGGGGACCAUGCUCACUGAGACUCACAGGGAGUGUGAUAAGCUAACAGACGAGUAUGAGCAUGAACAGGAGGCUCACAGCAUCCUCCAGAAGGAGAACGAUGAGAUGAAGGAGACUCUGAUGCACAAGGAGGAGUUACUAAAGGUCUCACUGCCUGAAGCUGAGGAAAAACACCAGAAGGCUGAGGAUUCCACUGCUCAGCUGGAGGUGGAGAAGGCAAACCUGACCAACCAGGAGUAUGAGCGUGAACGGGAGGCUCACAGCAUCCUCCAGAAUGAGGACGAUGAGAUGACGGAGACUCUGAUGCACAAGGAGGAGUUACUAAAGAGCUCCAUGGUGAAAGCUGAGAAGAAACACCAGAAAGCUGUGGAGACUAUUGCUCAGCUGGAGGUGGAGAAGUCUGACCUACAAGACCAGGUAGAGACACUGCGAAGAACAGUGCAGAAAAUAGGGAACAUGCUCACUGAGACUCACAGGGAGUGUGAAGCGCUAACGAAUAAGUAUGAGCGAAAGCAGGAGGCUAACAGCAUCCUCGAGGCGGUGAACGAUGAGAUGAUGAAGACUCUGAAGGAGCUUGAGAUGAAGAUCAAUGAGAUGAAGCAGACUCUGAUGGAAAAAGAGGAAUUACUGAUGACUCCCUGGCAGAGACUGAGGAGCAACACCAUGAGGCUGUGGAGUUGGUUUCCGAGGCGGAGGCAGAGAACUACGACCUGACUAAUCAAAUGAAGACCCUGGUACAGUGGGGGAAAUAAGUAUUGGAUGCGUCAACAUUUUCUUCAAGAAAUAUAUUUUCAAUGAGGCUAUUCACAUGAAAUUUUCACCAGACAUCAGUAUUAACUCAAGAAAUCUGGAAAUAUAAAGAAUUCACAACAUUAAAGUCCAUACAUAAAGUGGAAUGACAGAUGUUCCUUAGUAGUAGUACUCUGCCUCUGUUCCUUCUUACUGGUUAAAGCUGACUUAUAGCUUACUGGUUAUGGCUAAAUCUCUUACAUAAUCGACAUAUACUCGCAGUAAGUGUUCUGAUCACCCAAAUGAACUUUGUGUGACUCACUCCUUUUAUACUAUGCUUGUGUUUCAAGUGUUUUGUUGUCUUAAGUGACAUUUGUGUUACUAUCCUCUGCUUUUUAAUUAUAAGAUGGACAGACACUCCAGGUGAGUACAGUACACAUGCCUCACUAACAGAGACGAUUCAUUCUGUUUAUUCAUGUUUGAUGUAACGUUGGUGCAGAGUGGGAGCUUUAGUGAUUGCACCAACACUAACCUUGCUAAUAAAGUUCAUGAUGAUGAUGAUGA